GAGGCACAGACUCCUCCCUCCUAGUCCAGUGGCUCACUGGGGAGCUCUCAUGUUGCCAUACACCAUUUCACCGGCACUGUGUGGGAAUCGGACUGCUUCGCUAAAUGUGGACGCUGUCUGGACUCUUCCCUACAAGUGAAGUAGAAUUAUUUUCAUCUUGAUGACCAGGCUCUUGCCGUCCUACAGUAGUUCUCUAUUGGUUCAGGAAUACCCAGACUUUUAAGGAUUCUGACUUAGUGACUAGAUGGAUAAACCAUAACAUUGACAUUCUUUUUUUUUUUUUUUUUUUGCUACAUCAUUGUGGCUUAUGGCCGCGCACUAAUUCAUUUCAAAGUCACUUUCCCUAAAAACAAACGACAGCAAGUGCAAAGACUAUGGAGAAGCAAGUUGAAGUCAGGAUGCACGAGAACCACCUGGAACCAUCGAUGGAGAAACCCGAGCCUGCGUGUUUUGGCAUAUGUGCUGCGCUCAAGAAGAACCUUCUUCUAACAGUAACAAUCCUCGGUGUGAUCGUUGGGUCCGUGGUUGGAGGGCUACUGCGCUAUAUCUCGCCACUUCCACCUGAUGUGAUCAUGGUUAUUGGCUUCCCUGGAGAGAUCCUGAUGAGAAUGCUGAAGAUGCUGAUCUUACCUCUCAUCAUCUCCAGUUUAAUCACAGGUCUGGCAGGACUGGAUGCAAAGAACAGUGGCCGUCUAGGAACCAGAGCCAUGGUGUAUUACAUGUCAACCACAGUCAUCGCUGCUAUCUUGGGGGUGGUCCUGGUGCUCGCCAUUCACCCAGGCAACCCUAAGUUGAAAGCAAAUCUUGGUUCAGGAAGAAAGAAUGACGAGGUGUCAAGUUUAGACGCUUUCAUGGACCUCAUCAGGAACCUCUUUCCAGAGAAUCUGGUGCAGGCUUGCUUCCAGCAGAUAUCAACUGUAACGAGUAAGAUUGAAAUUCCUGCCCCUACCAUGAUGCGGAAUGGACGAAAUGUUACCAGGUCACCGCCAACAUAUUCUAUCAAAAAAACUCUGCAGUUCAGGAGUGGAAUGAAUGUAUUAGGCAUCAUUGGCUUCUUUGUUGCGUUUGGGAUCAUCAUGGGAAAGAUGGGAGAGAAAGCCAAGUUGAUGCUGGACUUCUUCAACUGCCUGAAUGAGAUCGUCAUGAGACUCGUUGGCGCGAUCAUGUGGUACUCUCCUGUUGGUAUUGCCUGUCUCAUCUGUGGGAAGAUCAUCUCCAUUGCUGACCUGGAGGUGGUGGCACGUCAGCUGGGGUUGUACAUGGUCACAGUCAUCGUGGGUCUCAUCAUCCAUGGUGCUAUAUUCCUGCCGUUGAUUUACUUCGUCAUAGUUAGAGAAAAUCCCUACACGUUCUUCAUGGGAAUAUUCCAAGCCUGGGUCACUGCUUUGGGCACAGCAUCCAGUGCUGGCACACUACCAGUCACAUUCCGAUGCCUUGAGGAGAAUCUUGGCAUUGACAAGAGAGUGACUCGCUUUGUGCUCCCUGUUGGUGCCACCAUUAACAUGGAUGGUACCGCUCUUUAUGAAGCCGUGGCAGCCAUUUUCAUUGCUCAGAUGAACGGAAUUGACCUUGAUUAUGGUCAGAUUGUCACAGUCAGCUUAACAGCCACACUAGCUAGUGUGGGUGCAGCUAGUAUUCCCAGUGCUGGUUUGGUGACCAUGAUUCUGAUCCUGACUGCUGUGGGACUGCCAACCUCAGACAUCAGUUUACUGGUGGCAGUCGACUGGCUCCUGGAUCGGUUCCGAACUUCUGUGAACGUUGUCGGUGAUUCCUACGGUGCUGGAAUUGUUUACCACCUUUCCAAAGACGAGUUGGACCUUUUUGAUGCACAGCAGUCUAAGCUGGAGGAAAUGGAGAUGUCAAAAACGCAGUCCUUUUAUGAAAACAAUACCAACCAGCACGUAUAUGCCCACCGCCACUCCUGCCCACAAGUACUGAUAGAGGACUGCAAGGACACCUAUGGAGAUAGAUAUGAUGAUUUGUGUUGAAAAUGCCAAGCUGGCUUGGGCAUUUGUCGGUGGCUUGGGAAGAACAGUGACUUAGGUAAUUGUACACUAAGUGCAUUUGUUCUUUUUUGCAAAAAUAUUUUUUUUUUUCUUUUGAGAGAAUAGUGGGGACAUAAAGGGUGCUAUUUCAUUUAAUUUCAAAUAUAUGUGCAAUCUUUGGGGAGAGUUUUGUUGUGUUGUACCAACAACCAUAUUCCAUGCUUUCUAUAUGUGUUUUUGAUAUACAUCAUUUUCUUACGUGCAUUUUUCUAUGUAACUGCGCUUCGUUCUAGUAGUGUGAACAUACUAUUUGUGUUUGGUGUCAUGAAAUCCUUUGCCUGUGGUUAUGUGACAGUGAGCAAGUCCCUGUUCUUUUUUUAGAAACUCAUUUUUGGGCAGAGAAUCCAUGCUGUACUUGACACUAGCAUAAUGUAUUUAAAAAUAAGGUGGCAUAGCAGACUUUAGUCAGUCUUAUUCAUAACAGAGCAAAUUCAUGGACUGAGCUAUCUGAGCAUCCUCUGAAACACUGAAAAUUUGCAACAAGGUUCAUGUAGGAUAUGGAUGUGACACUACGAGUAUUCCCAAAUGGCUUCUCUGCUCCAAAUCAUAGACAUUUUGAUAAGGAAAAUGUAAUAUUUAUUGUGCCUUGGUCCUACAGUUAGAUGUUCCUGAUAAUUGCUUUCAGGUCACCUCAAAUGGCUCCCCUGCGGAGUACUCUGUUGUUGAGGAGGAACCUUGGAUACGCGAGUAAUACAUCACACAGAUCCUGCUUCGCCUUAUCCUGAGUUUCUCAAGGUUUACCCCUUCAUGGUGAAAAAUGAAAGAACCCAAACAUCACUUUCUCAGAACUAAAACAAGUAAACAAUGAACUGGACAUACACAUGCAACUCUGACACUCUCAACUGGAAUAUUCGUAGUCCAAAUAUAUUGCAGUCAAUGGCGCAUGGAGCUCCUACUGCUCUGGCACGCAGAGUCAGGAGGGGCUAUUAGCAUAUCUGAUUUCAUACUGGAAAGGGGGCCAUAGCAGGGGGCUAUACUGUGAGCCUUACCUUUUGGUGAAUGGCCUCUUAGAGGGAAGACCCAAAAUAUGCCGAGAACAAUAGCACUCCUAACUUCUUAAUAAACCUCAUGAGAUAACAGAGGGAGCUGCACACCCCAACCAAUAAAGGGGAGGUUGUGGCCAUGCCUAUUGCAAAUAUGUUGAAGGACCAAACAAUCAAAACAAUCUUAGAACAGAACCUCCUUUGAACUGUCAUUUGUCAUAAGAGUUUUAGCAUGAAUGUCUAAAGAUAUCCCCUGUAGUGUUUUUAGAUGAUUACUUCAUCUGAAUUUUGGUGAAAGAAUGUCUCGAAAGCAUUCUGGACCCUACUGCCUUCUGACAACAAUCUUAAUAGAAAGUUUGAAUGUCUAUGAAAGUAUGUUUUUAUUUCUUCCACAGCUGUCCUUGAAUUUGAUUUAUUGCUUCUAAAAAAGUGACACAAGUGGCUAUUCUUCCAUCACUCUAAGUUCACAAAUUAAUAGUCACCUCACAGGCAAGCAAUGACCCUCUUGUGCCAGCAGGGGUAGGGCGAAAGGAUCAGAUUGUCUCAGGGAGUAACCUUUGUCUGGUUUGGCUUAGGAGGAUUAACCCCUGGGGUUGGCACACAUGAUCAGCCACUUAGCACAUGAGUUUACCUCUGCGCUGAGAAUAUCCAAAAAGGUGAAUCCUCCCAGUACUGCAGAGUAUUUUUAGAUAGCAGCCAACGCAAAUGCCGCAUUAGCAAUUACGACCAAGACGCACCAAAGACUUAUUGUAAAUCCUGACCGUGAGACGUGAGCAUGUUUUACUGUAUUUCACAGAAAGCUGUUUGGAUUACUGGAUUAUUUUACGUCAAAGCUUGACUAGACAAGAUUAGAUGGUACAGUGUCUUUGUCAUUGUGAGCUUUGGGAAAUGUAUGCAUGUCUGUGUAAAUGUAAGUGUGCUUAUGUCUGAAGACAGGAGUUUGCAAACAUGUGCUCACCCUAAAGAGACCAUAGGUUGUGCAUAUGUUUUGUGUGCUUUGUUAACUGUACUUAUAUGCUACUGUAUAUUUCAACCUUGCCUUGAAGAUGUCAACUGCAGUGACAACAAUGACAAUACUGAUUCCCAUAAUAUAUUUAUUUUAUUUUUAGCAUUUUAUAAAAUAAAGCCCAACUUUAUCACAUAUCCUCUGGUGGAUACCUAUAUUCUCACUGCAGCAUUAAUCUUUCUAUCAGAUCAAAUAUUUACAAAUCACUUGCUCCACUGUCAAAGGCAAAUUCAAAAUGUAGUAAGUGUUUGUUAGAUGUGUGAUACUGACGAAGUAUCCGUAAAGAGUAUAGUGCAUCUGCGUGGCACACUGUACCAGUGAACUGUUACAGCUGCAUUACUGAUUUUUUUUUUUUGCACUGUAAUCUUACAUGUUCAUAUUAAAGUGCCUCAUUGCACUUUGUGUAUAUAUAUAUCAUAUAUUAGACACAAAAAAAAAACAUCUUUGGUGAUCUGGUGUGUAGGCUUGAUAACUUUUUGUAACUCAAUGGCUAGGUCUUGCUCAUGGUGUCUAAAAAUAGAAAACCAUAUACAUAUAUGUAUAUAAAUAUAUAUCCAUACAUUUAUAUGAGAAGGGUUGUUUGUAAUUGAUUCUGGAUAGUUCAUAACUGGUAUUUGUAGUUUAUUCUACAGUGUUCAUAUCCAUAUAUUUGGUCCGUAAAAAAUAUUUUAUGAUGAAUUACAUUUUAGACACACCAGAUUGAGAGAAAAAAAAACAAGGUUAAAAACAUUAUAAAAAUAUUUUUCACUUGUCUAUGACAAAGUUGUCUUCUGUCUCAGGAUUGGUGUUUUUGUCUGUUUUACUAGAAUUCAUGGCUCCAGGGAAAAGGUCACAUGACUUUGACAGUGUUACCUGCAUUGGUAAUGUUUUAUGUAUGGCUCUUCACCGGUAUAUGGGGACCAAUGUUUUGUUCACAUAUUUUAUUUAACAACCAGUGUGUAACUUGCAUACCAAGACCCACUUUUUAAAUUUGUCUUUUUCCUCUAUUUUUUUCUAUGGUUAUGACAAAUGUAAAUAAAGACAAAUAUUGUCUCUAUUUUCUAUCUCUUUUUUGAUGAGAAGCACUGUUUGUGCAGAAGCAUUUGCAGAUAUUUUCAUGUCUUUUCAAGUUCACAUCAUCAAUAGAGCCAUAUUCAUGCCACAGGCUGGAGCGUGCGUGAUCCAUGUGCAUGUCUUUGCAUAAGUGUUGUCUUUGUGUAUGCAUGCGUGAAUGUGUGUGUGUGUUUCAGUGUGACAGAUCAAAAGCAGACUUAUUUUUACUUUGCAACAACUGAACUAAUGUAUUCAAAUGUAUUUUAUUGUGUUCAUACUGUAUACUUAUGAAUAUUAAUAAAAGUUUCUGUAUGAGA